CUUAUUUCAUACACAAAUUCAUAUAUGAAUAAGUAAAGGGAGAGAAAAAGAGAGAGAGGGGUAAUUUUGUUUUUCCUUUGUUAGCUGCUUUACAAAUACAAAUAUCUCUACAAGUUCAUACAAUGAAGCAACGCAAAAUCCAUAUAGAUCCAGCCGUAUAGGUGAACAUUGAAAGCUUAAAGCAGAUGGACAGGAACCAAGGGGUCGGCGGCGUGCAAUGUUUGUGUGUUUAUUUUUGGCCGCGGUGGUGCUGCUGGACGGGCGGCGGGCCGGGAGGGGCUGAGGCUCCGCUAAAUACUCCCUAAAGCAAGGCAUAACGCUGUGCCAGGCGCUGCCGCGUCCGCCCUACCCGCAGACAACAGUGAGUGCCCCGGCGAGCUGCGGCCCGGAAGAUAAGGGCGUGUUAAUGCCCCAGGAGGAGGCAGGGGAUGCGGGUGCCCACUGGCCUUGCCCGAAGCGGCGGUGAUUCACUGGCCAUAAGAGUGUGUGUGUGUGUGUGUGCCGCCGAGGGUGCUGCCGCGGGGCUGUGUGCAUGCGGCCUGCCUCCUUUACUGCCAUUUCCUAUUUUGGGUGUUUCUCUGCCAUUUGAUAGCUGUUUUUUUUUAAAAAUUCAUAGCCCCAGAUGGACCGGGAGUGGACGUACAGGCCGCCAGUGCUGGUGGGGGAGCGUGUGGUGUGGCUGGGGGGUGCGGCAGGGCUGGGGGCUGGGGAGUCAUGCGGCUCAAGCUAUCAGCCGCACCACGGGACCGUCAGCUGGAUCGGUAGAGUCGCAGACAUGGGCAACGACUGGGCUGUUGGGGUGGAGUUUGAACUAGACAUGCCUGGGGGCUGCGACGGAACAUGGAAGGGCCGCAGAUUAUUCUCCUGUCCCAAUAUGCGUGGUCUCUUCCUACCCGUUGCGUCCAUCGUGAAAGAGAAAGAGUUUUAUGACAACAAAACCUCCUCCAGUAAAACAAGCACGUCCAUUGAUCUGAGCCUCGCCCCCGAACCUCCUCCGCCCAAGAGCAAGACGUCCCCACCACACUCCUCGUUCCUGUCCGCCUCCUCCAGCCAACACAACAGCAAGAGUUCCGGGAAGAAGCAAAGUGACGAUGAUGGCAAGAAGACCUCCAAAAACCCUUCCACACACAAGACUUCAGGUGCUUCUUCCGUCUCUCCCUCCUCGUGCGCUGCCGUCACCACCUCCUCACAGUGCUCCUCCACCAGCACCUCCACAUACACAAGUAAGAAGCAACCUCUGCCAGGGAGACUUGUAAACACAGGGCCACAGGACACUCCUCAGGACAACAGUUUUAGCCAGAAAGAAACCUCAAGGACACCAACAAGUGGAUCAACAGAAAACGGAGCGACAGGCAUUGAGAGUGAGGGUGACCGUGAUGAAAGCUCAUGUACAGGGUCAAUGUACUUCGGAGAGACUAUGGUAAGAAAGUCCAUAACCACGGCUUCAUAUGAGUAUUCUGAGAGGGUGAGGCUCCCCCAUCAACCUAGUAUAUCAACACCAUCCAGUCCGAGUCUCAGUGAGUACCAGCGACAUUACGGGAAGAAGCUAAGUUCCUCGAGCACGUCCACAACGGCGAGUGACCUGUCGAAAUGUAUGAGCACGCCAGGAAGAUACUCGGCCACCCAGAGCCCAUUCGCCGAGAGGAAGGAGCGGUCGGGAUUCUUCAGCUUCUUCCGGUGGUUCAGGAAUCGCGAUAAAAAAAAACGUUCGGCCUCAGUGGACGGGAUGAGCAACACGAGCAGCGGCAGCAUAAACAGCCUCGCCAGCUCGUUCAGCAGCAGUGCGUACUCGCCGAUUAUCCGAAGCAAGAGCGCUGAUAUCCAAAACAGGGUUGACACGAAGCACCAAGGCCAGUUUGGGAUCACUCGCCGAUACAAGUUAUUCUCCAGGAACUCCUCACUCGGUCGGACGGACUCUGGCGCCCCGCUUGAGGGAUGCGGUCGGAGGUUGUCAGCCAUCAGUGCAUGCUCGGAAACAUCCUCCAAACCAGGGUCUCGCUGUGCUACGCUAACCAGGAAGAAAAGACAAGCUCCGCAACCUCCCGGAUCCCCCAAACAAAGCGACACUGAGUCCUUAAAAUCCCAAAAAAGUUGUGCCAGUUUACCCGCUAGAGAAUUACGACCUACAAAGUCACCCGAGUCCUCGUUGCCAACCUCCCCUGACCAAGGAGCCUCUGACCGAAGACUUCACAAAUCCAAAAGUGAAGGUUUGAUCUAUACCAGAGUGAAGAGAAGAGCUCCCCAGCCACCCAUAAAGCCUAGCGCAGGGGAUAACAGUGACAAGGACUCGGGCAAGGCUUCGUCAAUACAGGGACAUAGUAAAGGUUCUACUGUCUCAAAAGGUGGUUCAGGUCGUCCAGUCAGCACCGUGUCCAAUGUCAGCUCCCUCUCGCAGUCGCUCUCCUCAGCCUCAACCACUCUCAAAUCCCAGAGCAGUAGUGUGGCAUCUAGUGGGCCAUCAAGCAGCCAGUAUUCAGGUGACUCGAUGGUCCUGGAGAGUGGAUUUUUGAGGCAGGAUAUCUCGAAAUCCACGUCCAGUCCUGCCAUUGCCGACACUGGGAAGGUGACGCUCUCCCCUCGCCCCUGGUACAAGAGGAAAAACAAGAGUAAAGAGAGCAGUAAGAGCGUGACGGAGAGUGAGAAGAGUGAGACGAUCUAUGACAGCUGGAUGCCGGAGAUACAGUUCACUCGUCGGAAGCUGAACUUGACCGGGAGCUUGAGGAAAGGGAAGAGCAGUGACGCAGCUCAGCCCUCGAAAGACGACAAGAAGGAGAAACGGAAGUCGCAGGUUUCUCUGUUGGCGAAUAUCAGCGAGUUGGACCGGGCGGCCUCCGAGCAGAUGCAGAGAGAGCAGGAGAGCAAACAGGUGCAGAGGCAAACGUACGACAGCAAGUUUUACCGGACGAACGAGCCGCACUUUCUAACGCAGACGGACUUCCUCCCACAAGCUAAGGAUAGAUACACGAGUGAGGCUUCGGAUCUGGGCACAAUGAGCUCCUCGGAAUGUGCCACGCUGAAGUCUUGCACAAGCGUCAAAACGGACCUUGAAGAGCGGAAUUUGGUGCAUUGCGAGAGUGGGAUAUAUGAUAACCUCAGCCUCAGUGACCAAGAGUUUACACUACCUCAGAGUUAUUCCAAGCAGGCGACGCUGAGAAUGGACGAACGAGAGAGAGUCCAGCAUGUUACCAGCGACCAAGGGCACCCGAGUCAUGAUAUAGAUUCCUCCAUUAGGGCAUUUAGUUCCGUGGCUGUGAGUUCGUCUACCACUAACGCCAAUCCAACCAGAUCCAGUGUAGAUGCCACCAGGGUUCAGAGUCCACCAGCGUCAACCGAAACACCACCGUCGCCCGUCACACGAGACUCACCGAUGCACCGAGCAACUAUCGACGCGGAACUUUUUUACCAGCUAGCCAAAGAUUCACAUGAGCCUAAGGUGAAGAGCUCUCCCAUCCUCAGCGGCAUUAGGGAGGCCAAGAGGAUGAUCAGUGAGCAGGCGAGUGGAGGGGAGACGGAAGAGGAGAAUAUUCACAUGGUUGAGAGUCCUAACAGCCCGAGGAGACCAAAUAAGAAUUUUGGCUUUCGUAUGAACAAUUUUUUCUCGCCUGAUGUGUCCACAAUCAUUGAAGCAUCGGAAUCCAUGACCUCCAGCGCCACAACUCCUGCUGACGAUAUAUAUGAUGACCUCCCCAUUUCGUCUGUGCAUGAGAACCGAAGGCGAGGGAGCAUGCAAGACGAGGCCGCCAGUGAGGUCAAUUACGAGUUCCAGUUGAAUUCCUCCGAUGCCCGUGAGAUCAUGAGGGAGCUGGCGGACGUUCGGCAGGAAAUAGACAAGAUAAACGAGGAGGAGGAGAAGGAAUCGCGGGAGAGAGAACGCUCCAAGGCGGAGAAAAUACGUGAGGAGGUUUUACAAUUGAGAGAGGCUAACAAUUUUGAGGCUUGGCAUAAUGCUAUAGAGCAGAGAGGUGGAGCGACGGCAGAUAUCACCUCGCCAUCCCCUGUGAAUCUUAACGAAGGGCCGAAUCGUAAGCUCAAGUGGGCAUGUGAGGUGUGUACACUAAACAACCUCCCGUGGCGUUUACAGUGCGAGGCUUGCAUGGCGCGCAGGCCGGCCAACCCCAAGCGAGUGGACGAGGACGGGAAGUCUGUAGCAUCGGAUUUUGUUAGUCCACAGGAGAGUGUGUCGAACGAAAGCCCCAUCACUGUUAUCUUCGAGGAGGAUGGGAACGGAAAUAGGGAAUGCCCGAGGGAGGUGUUGGAAGGCGCCGGAGCUGUUGUGGCUGCUGCAGGGAAUGCGGAGGCUUCAGGUAACGAUCAAAACGCCCCCAAUGACAAGAAGAAAAGGGACAUCAACUGGGAGAGAGAGUUACAGAAGUAUUUCCGAACAUUUGACGAGCAUGUUAAAACCGGGAAUUCUGACACUCCAGGAGAAAGGGAAGCUGUGAACAAGCCAUUGAGAACUGAUGCAGCUUCCAGUAGACAGACUAAUGGAAGGGUCACCCAGAAAUCCGAGAGAGAGACCGGAGUGAGAGAUCGUAAGCCAGCGGACUCUACCAAUGACAACCGUGGCGCUAAACCGAAAAUCAAGUUCUUCGGCACUGCAACCGGCCCACCAUCCACGUUCAUUCCAGCACCAGAAACUUCAGCAAUAAGAGACCGUAGUGGGCAAAAUAAUUCUAUCACUGAAGAAUCGCACGUAGAUGGGGGUUCAAGAAAGCUGCCCGACAUGGAGGCGAUAAGGCGAGCUAGACUGGCCAAGUUUCAAGGGAGCGUAAGCAGUGAGAAUGGCGAUGUUGAAAGUGCACCGGCAUUACGAGACAUGGAAAAAAAAACUAGAAUUAUGGAUGACCGAAGACGUAAAAAAUCCGUAACAGAAACACAGACAACAAACAGAACCACGGUGGAAACACAGGAGGAGUUUACACAUACCACGGAGACUCAGGAAUGCACUAACUCGGAAUAUAAAAUUAAUGACUCUUCCUCACCCAAGCAUCACAAGCCUCAAGUCAUCAUGCCAAGUGGAGCGGUGAGAACGGUAGUCAGUAUUUUCAACCAGUUCGAGCAGCUACAACAGGCGAACAAGGACAAGCCAGUCGUCACACGCAGAAAGAGCUCAUCUGGCACCCUGAUAGAGCGGACGCAGGCCUUUGAGCAGGUGCCUCCAGAAUCUACGAGCCCAGAUCUUCAAGCGGUACGGAGGAGGGACAAGCCGAAGAAGGUGAAGGAUGUCAGUCCGAGGGAUAAAGAAGUGUUUUCCGCGAUUGCCAAGUUCGACGAGAUGGCAGCCAUGGCGGAACUGGAAAGCAUCAGUAAGUUUCGGCAUAAAAGUCGUACGCCGAAGAGGCCGAAGGUGUUUAAAGCGUCAAUCGAGUGUCCUCAGGGGAACGAGAGAUCAGUGGGGGCUGUUAACAUGGCGAGUAGGUCCCCGAAAACUCCAAGACAUUCAGCUUCCUCACAGUCACCCCCCGACAGUCACAACCAGGGUGGACACGCCUCUCUCGACCCCACAUCCACCGAGGGAGUUAUCAAGGAUGGAGUCUUGUACACGGAGCAGAGGAAACGCUCAACGUCAAUCAGCUCCGGCACCUUCGAGCUCAUCCACGCUAAGGACUUCAUGAGCAUUGAGGCACAGCAUAGCGAGUCAUCCUCAUACUCAAACACAAGAGACGCUAGUAUUGUCUCGUCACCCACGCCGAGUUCCGAGGCCAUUGUGCCGGAUAUCGUGGUUGAGCAGAUGAAUGGUGACGGUUGCUCGGUGGAUGAUCAGAGUGUUGCGUCUCCUCCCACUCUGGCACCUAAGAUGGAUGAGCCUGAGUGCCGACGUAACUUGGAACGGAAAGAUGUUGAGAGACUGAGCCGCCAGCUAACGGAAGCGGAUGGAAUUGCAACGUUCAAAGCAAGCCUGAGAGUCGAGGAGCCAGCCUUAGGUCAGACCAACACGCUUAACAUCAAUCGACUUCUGAAGCGUCUUGAGGGGGCUAUCGCGAGAGGGAACCACGCGGAGGCUGCUAAGCUUGCACACGAGCUGGCUGACUUUCGAGUGUCCUGUUCCGUCACAAGAAACAAGAACGGAAGCAGUAGCGCGACCUUACCAACCCCCACAAACCAAGACGUCGCUGCUACCACCACUCGAAGCCAAGACGCACAACAACACGCUCCCGUUCCUUCCGACAGUGAAAGUUCCGGGAUGCAACACCCUCCCUCCAGCAACGCCUCGGAAUGUUACUACGACGCCGCAGAGGACAUGGACGACGAGGAGCUUAGUGUCGACGACCAUGACCGCCUUCUCGACAUGGGCUGCGUCAAUAGCUUAGAGGCGUUGAUACAGACUAAGGAAACGAGGGAUCCAGAACCAACACCAGUGAUUGAUGCGAAGCCAUCCACGCCAGUUACAAAAUCCAUCCAAUCACACCCAGAACAGACCUCGAAAUUGGAACCUUCUCAUGCAGCUGUGAAUGGGGUUGAGGCGCCACAGACAGCGAAAAGCAGUGAAGCAACAUCAACCACCCAACAUGAAGCCCCGAAAGUCAGUUCUAACUCCCCCUCGGCCACGAAGAGAGACGCUCGAGUGGACCCAGCACGGCGAGAGGUUAAGUCGGACAUCAUCAGCAAACUCCCCGAAGGUCUCCACACCCAUAUGAAGGAGGAGAAGCAAGCCAACCAGCCGUUCAAUGUUAAGAUGUACGUUGAGGACAAAAACAGCCACCAGGGUCCCUUGUCCUUCACCGUGACACCAAACAUGACCGUGGGACAACUCAGGGAAAAGGUUCGGCAAGACUUCGGGUUCCCGCCUGAAGUGCAGCGAUGGAUACUCGGUAAGCGACUGGCUGACGACGACCUCCUCACCCUCGAGCACCACAGGGUAACCUCCGAGGGCUGCCCCAUCUUCCUGUACCUUGUGGCACCUGACUUUGAGCCCCAAACUAAGGCUUCCGGCAAGGGGAAAUGGCAGGAGAGAGGUCGGUAUGGUGAGAGCUCCCGCGGCGGUGACCUCCACGCAUCAGGGAAUGGCCGAGGCGUGCCGAGGUAUCUUGAGGUGUAUGACGAGGAAGGGAACGUCGAGUAUAGAUAUUAUAACCCAGAAUCACGGAGGUAUGAGGUAAGUGAGGACCUGGACGAUGAGGAAGAGGAGGAGGAGGAUGAUGAGGAAGAAGAUGAAGAUGAUGAGUAUGAUGAUGAUGGAGAUGAUGAGGAUACCCUAGAGGAAGAUGAACUAGAGGAAGAAGAAGAGAGAGUCGGGAAUCAAAACAUGUACCAGAAUGCGAAUCAAAACCACGAGGAACUACAUAACCCAAGGACUCAGUUGAUCCCAGCUACAAACGUAAAUAAAAGUUCCGUUCAACCGAGUGGGAACCAGAGAAAGGACUCGCUUGACGCUAAAUACUCCCUCCCACCACCCAUCAACGCACACCCCACGCCUGACAACAAAAACGAACUCAUGAACCAAAGGAACAUACUGAAUGGGCACUCCAGCACUAGCAACGACCAGGAGGUGAUUAAGAACAACACAAAUGAACCCAGAAACAUAAAUAACCCUAGUGAUGUUAACGUACGGCCUGGAAAUCAUGCGAAACAACAGGAAAAGGUCGAGAAUAAGGAGCGACCACAGCCGUCUCACCACCAGCAGUCUCAGUCUCCCAUUACUAAAGACUCGUACACUCGCUCGCCUGUACAGUCUGACCCUCACGCAAAUAACAACCAGAACAGUUCGCCGAGGGGAAGAGCAUCGCAGAAGGAGGAGUAUAACGUGAGGAUUCAAAACCAGAAGAACUCACAACAGCAGCAGAUGCAAGUCGCCCCCAAAGCUAAACUUCAGUAUCCGCAAACACAGAAAAUCGGACUUACUUUAGACGCAACUUCCGCCCAGAUACAAAAAUCAAAACCUGAGGAUAUACACUCGUUAAACAUCCCAGAACGACAACAACAACAACAGCAGCAAACAUCGGAGACAGGAAAACAGAGAGGACGUCCCGAACAUCAGACUGCCAAUGCAAGUCCCGCUCCCGUCUCCCCCCAGCCUACCAGAUCCCACCCAGAGAAGCAUCCGUCCCCGUCCAGAGUCCAUGGAUGGGUGUGUCCCUCGUGCACCCUGGUCAACACAUGGUCCAGGCCGGGAUGUGAGGCGUGUGCUACUGAACGCCCCGGCACAUCACACCAGCAGGUCACGGGAGCCGAUGGAAAGGGCUCUGGCUUGGGUGCUGUGGUGUCAGUGCUGGACCGCCAGGGGUACGUGCCCAACCCUCACCCCUUUGAGUGCCGGGUCUGCUUCCUGGACGUGGACUCGGGCCAGGGUGUGGUGCUGAGGGACUGUCUGCACACAUUCUGCCGGGAGUGCUUAGCCAACGCCGUCAGAUACUCCGACACAGCAGACGUCAAGUGCCCAUACAGGGACAACCAGUACUCCUGUGACUCCUCCCUUCAGGACAGAGAAAUCAAAGCUCUGGUGACGGAGAAGGAGUACGAGCAACACCUCAACAAGUCGGUGAAGCAAGCCGAGGGGGCCAUGCAGAACGUCUUCCACUGCCUGACGCCCGACUGUCCCGGCUUCUGCCAGUUUGAGGACAACGUCAACGAGUUCCACUGUGAUGUCUGCGGGAAGGUCAACUGCCUCACCUGUCAAGCCCAGCACGAGGGCACCACCUGCCAGGAGUACCAAGAUGACCUGGCCAGCAAGGUGGACGAGGCCGCCAUGAAGACCAAAAAGUUCUUCGAUGACAUGAUCCGUCGCGGCGAUGGUCUGCCGUGCCCCAAGUGUUCGGUGAUGCUGGUGCGGAAGUGGGGCUGCGACUGGAUGCGGUGUCCGAUGUGCCGCACAGAAAUCUGCUGGGUCACCCGAGGGCCGCGCUGGGGGCCUGGAGGCCCGGGUGAUGUGUCUGGUGGGUGCAAGUGCGGGAUACGAGGCCAGAAGUGUCAUCCAAAGUGUACUUACUGCCACUAACACUGCCACAUGCCGACUCUCAGUGUGUUGAGAGGAGGAUGCAUUGCUCGAACACUGCUAAUCACGGCAAAAUGAUGCGUACAAGUCAGUCUCCUUUUUGCGCGGGUUUUAUAUCGAUCUGAGAGUGGGACGGAAUGGGACUCAGUUUGUUGGUGGUUAAGUUCAUGGUGUAGUGGUUUGCAUACUCUGUCUGCUCAUCUGUGGGUCUCGGGUCUCGGUUGAGGUCAAAGAAUGGCAGUGUUGCUAAGAAAACCAUAGACAGGGCUUGAAGUAUUGCAGUAUCUCAGCAUGGGAUGGAAUGUGACUCAGUUUGGUGGUGGGUUAAGUUCGUGGCGUAGUGGUUUGCAUACUCUGCCUGCUCAUUUCUGGGUCUCAGGUCAGGUCAAAGAAUGGAAGUGUUGCUAAGAAAACCAUAGAUAGGCCUUGAAGUAUUGCAGAUAUUAGAAAACUAGGUACUGUAUUGGCGUAAUGUUCAUAGUUUUUAAUUGUACCUGGAAUACUGUAAAGGCUAUCGAUGUUUUCUUUGCAGCGUUGCCAUCCUUCACUGUAGGUUCAGGCUUUGAAGUAUUGCAGACAUUAUUAGAAAACUAGAUACUGUAUUGGCAUUAAUGUUCAUAGUUUUAAAUUGUACCUGGAAUACUGCAAAGUCUACCCAUGUUUUCUUUGCAGCGUUGCCAUCCUUCAGUGUAGGUUCAGGCCUUGAAGUAUUGCAGAUAUUAUUAGAAAACUAGGUACUGGAUUGGCAUAGCAUUCAUAGUUUUUAAUUGUACCUGGAAUACUGCAAAAGCUACCCAUGUUUUCUUAGCAAUGUUGCCAUCCUUCAGUGUAGGUUCAGGGCAUGACACAGAGUACAGCCUUGCAAAUGGUUUAUCCUUUAAAUGCUAUGGUUGGUAAAGGGAGUUCCGGAGAAGGUAAACUGAGGUAAUCUGCAUAUUAUAAACACUUCCGCAACGGCAACUACAUGAACAUAGGUUAAAGCUGUCCAGACGAAGAAGUUAAUAAUGAAAAUGUUCCCUCACUCACCGGGAAUGUCAUAAAACUCCACAGGUAGUAAUUUUAUCAGAUAUGAGAAGGAUGAACACCAGGGAAGAGAGAGUACAUGAUCGUCAAGAGUAGGAGAGACUCGUAACCCGUCCAACCCCAUGAAAGAAAAUAAGGACGUCAAGUGAAGAGAUGAGGAAGAGAGGAAAGAGAAGUAGUUUUAUCAGUCGGAAGAGAACAGGUUUUUAAGAAAGGAGCUGUCUUGUCAACAUCAUUUGCUGCAUGUAUUUUUUUUUUCAAGCGAAUCGUGACAAACUUUUCUGUAUGGAGUUGUAAUGAAAUAUGUCGCUUCCACAUUUUUCAUGGUGAUAUAAUGUUGGUGCUAAUAAUUCUGUCAUGACAAUGGAGACUAGAACUGUGUGUCAUGUGCUUUGACUAAAAAAAAUUCCAACAUUGCCAGCCAGCAUUUGUCGUUCAUUAACUUUGCACAAAUCAAAAGCGCGAAUCAGGUAGAAGGACAAGUAUCUGUGAUAUAGACUGUUACUGCUUGUCAAGAUGAGGCCAGGCUGGUGCUAAGCUGUAAAUCAAGAUACUGUAGUGAAACCCAAUUGACGAGAUGUUUUUUGUGGUGGUUUCCGUGAGUCCUUUCCUCCCCCCGAACGCUUAUCUCUUCCUCUCAUAUGUUACCUGUAGCCAACGUCGCCAGAUUGUCGUACUCAGCCGAUUAUGUUUCCCGACUUCCUACCCCCAAACUGUCUUAUGGGCUCCAAUAACGAAACUAAUUUAUAGUUAUCGUUAAAAAGACAUAGAUUCUGAUGUUUCUCAGCAAUAGUUAGGCGUCAGAAACUGGUAAAUACUAUGCUCUGAGUACGACAAUCUGGCAACGGUGGCUAUAACUUACAUAUAAGAGGAAAGAGAUGGGUGUUGGGACUGUGGCAGAGCAGAGGGGGGAAGGACUCGCAGAACCCAAUGCAAAAAUGAUCUCGACAAUCUGGUUCCACUUAACACGGACAAACACACACACACAUCGUUUUAUAAGAAUUCUACACAAAUUUAUUACAUUACCCAUUUUUAGAUAUUUUAAUCAUGUUACCGGAUGAAUAUUUAUUAUCGUAGAGUCUAUGGCACAUCGCACUAUCACGAGGUAUUGGUUCAAACGGAAAAAUCGGAUUACUCUAGUCAAUUUUUCUUGUCUAGUCACAUUUGGGGAACAUUAGACUUACUACUUAAUGCAAACGUGACUGUACUUCCUCUCUAGUAGGCGCCCCAUUCGCUGACAUGUUUUUUCUAGGGAUCUGUAACCCCCUUUUCCCAGUUGGUGAAAUGUCUGCAUUAACCACAGUGUAUGAAUAAGUUUUGUACUUUAACCCUUCAUAAGGUCUGUCAUACUCAUUUUGUACAUUUUUGUAUUCUUGCUAUUUAUGUAUAUGUCCUGCAAAUAGAUACUAUUGUGAA